GUUUGACCUGAAUACUGAGAUUAAAAAAAAAGAUAACGUUAUUGACAGAUUAACCCACAUUUUAAUUUAUUGAUAGAUCACAAACAGCCGGAACCAAUUGUUUACAACUAAACUAACAUUGAAUUACUAAUAUUCAUGAUUUUUCAAGAAAUCCAUUUAUAUUUAAAUGAAAUAUCUUUUUGUGACUAUCUAAUUUGGGAACGCUGGCUUAUUCUCACCUUAGUGUAGGUCCUCACGAUGCGUUGCCGUGUGUUGCGUCGCCGCACCGCAAAGAUUUCGCUGUAUCUGUGGACAUACGUGAGGCGUGCGGCGCCACAACGUAUUUACAUCGCAGAGGCGACGCCGGCGCGGAGCCCCAGUAGCAGGCGCUCCGACGACGUCGCAAGUUCGCAAUGCAUUCACCCUCCCCGUCGCGUCUCGGCGAUCGCAAGUCCGGUAUUCGUCGCACGCAUCGUGAAACACAAUACAUCGUGUGUAGGGCGUGUGUGUGUUUCACGAUGUGUAUAAGUUUUGAAGCAGGGGUAAACAGAACAGACUUAACAAAUGAAACGAAAGUAUAGUCUGUGCUUACGAUAUUGGAUGCGUUUUCAACACGAAUAUAGCUCUUAUUGCUGCCGAUGUCAAAUAUUUUAACCAACAUGGGUGGACGGGCGUUCGAAUAAUCGUAAAGUAAACUUCCAACAAGAGGAAGAAAUUAAGACGUUACGUUACAAUUCUUUAGUACGCAACUGUGAUGGAGGCUGGUAGGUGAGGGUGCGCGAAGGGCGGCGCGCCCCGGCCGCGCCCGCCCAUGGCCCCCUUUCUCCAACUCAGAUGGUUGGUGCACUGGCUGGUGAGCGCCGCGGCGUGGGGCUUGCUCUGCGGCGCCGGGUUCGCUCACUCGCCGCCCCUGAUGCCGUCUCUGGCACCACCUUGCCCUCUGCACUGCAUCUGCCUGUCUCAAUCACAGGUAGUAUGUAACAGUGCCUCUCUGCGCGGAGUGCCAUCAACGCUGACUCCAACUGUGACGCAACUGUCCUUGUCUCGCGCGGAUCUGCGAGUCUUGCGCUCCGAUGCGUUUGCGCACCUACGUCAGCUGCGUCGUCUGGCGCUCGAUGCCUGCAAUCUUACUAAGAUCCGCCCUUUUGCCUUCCGCGGCCUUCCGCGUCUCCGAGAGCUUUACAUACAACAUACUCCUCUUGCAACUGUCGAUGCGUUCGCCUUUGCGGCACUUCAGAACAUUACCUCGAUCGUUUUGAGCCACAAUAGAAUAGCGCAGAUCGAGGCUUACGCAUUCGCAGGAACUAAUUACAUCAAACUCGUGUCUCUUCGAAACAAUCCCAUCAAACGAAUAUUGGCUCACGCUUUCUCAGGAUUAAACGAUGUUGUUCAAAUUGAAUUGCCAUCGGGAAUCAGAUCUAUUGAGCCACAGGCGUUCGCUGGACUCGGAGGAGUCGGCACAUUGGAACUAGCUUACAUGGAUUUGCCAGCAUUGUUGCAAGACACUUUCCGAGGAUUAACUCGGGUCGGUCGACUGGCGUUGCGCGAAUCGGAUCUCGGUGUCAUCCGAGUGGGUGCGUUCGACGGCCUUCAAAGGGUAGACGUAUUGGAGAUGUGUAAUAAUAAGAUUGAUGCGGUCGAGGAGCUAGCUCUGGUGCAGAAUAACAGCGUUCGCAGUUUUAAAUUGACCGGUAACCACAUGUUGGAGUCUCCAGAGUCGGUGGUUCUGGAAGUAGAAAACGUCGUGAUCAGCGGUAAUCAUUUACCAUGCGAAUGUGGACGUGAUCCAUUGGCGAACCCUCUCGCGUUGACGGCAGAUUUUGCGGAGGAAAACUAUUGUAUAUCGCCCCUGAAGGUGCGAGGUCGUAGCUUGGCGAGUGCGACAGGUGCGGGGGCUGCGUGCCGGGGCGAGGCGGGCGGCAGCGCGCGCGCUCGGGCGGCGGCCGGCGCGGGCGCACUGCUCGGCGACGCGCUUGCCCUGCCGCACCUCGCCCUCACAGUGACCGCCCUCGCUUUUUUCGCGGGUAGUUAACCGCCCUCAUUGUUCAAUUAUUGUGUAUCCGUUUGUAAAUAUUGUAUAAUAAUAUUAAGUAACUAUAAUGCGAAAUUUUACAUUGAAAGGGUCCGUUCAUUGAGUAUACGUUGGACCAUGAAUAAAUUUGCCUUUGGAGACAGGUGUUUUUAUUUCUAAGCCCUUCGUUACAAUAUUUAAUAUUGGAUUUUAUUUAAAUAUUUAAUAAAGCAUGAAUAUCAAC